ACUGGGACCGGAGCACUUAUCCUUCCCUCCCUUCAACCAAAAACCUUCGCGACGCUUCAAGAGUAGUUCUAUUCGUCUGUGUUUAGGGUUAGGGUUAGGGGUUUGUUUCUAUCACUUCAGUUCGUUCAUAUCGUUUAUAGUUGAGGAACAAUGGCAAGAUACAGGAGUCGGAGCAGAAGCUACAGCCCUCGUCGCCGCAGCAGGACUCCCCCACGCGGCAGGAAGCGGUAUGACGAUGAUCGUUAUCGUGACAGCCGGUCUAUCAGGGACCGCCGCUCUCCUGCUCCAUCUGGUUUGCUUGUCCGCAAUCUUCCUCUUGACGCCAGGCCUGAAGAUCUUAGGAUUCCUUUUGAGCGCUAUGGUCCAGUGAAGGAUGUCUAUCUUCCAAAGAACUAUUAUACAGGUGAACCUCGGGGCUUUGGAUUUGUGAAAUUUCGCUAUGCUGAAGAUGCAGCAGAAGCAAAGCAGCGAAUGAACCAUAAAGUUAUUGGUGGGCGUGAGAUAAGAAUAGUUUUUGCUGAGGAGAACAGGAAAACUCCUCAAGAAAUGCGUGUGAAUUCCCGCACAAGUGGUCGACAUGGAGGAAACAACCGGAGAACACCGCCAAGGUCCCCAAGGCGCAGAUAUCGCUCUUACUCUCGGUCACCUUCACCAGCUAGGCAUGAUUCAAGGGAUCCAGUGCCAAGGAGCCGCUUCCCACAACAAUCAAGAUCUAUCUCACAGUCACUUUCUCCACAUGAUGAGAGGGUUUUCAAGUCGAACCAGAGGUCCCCAAGUUCAAGGGAGAAUGGUCAAAGUCUGCACCAUGAAAGGGACUAUGUACCCAGCAGGUCAAGGAGUCCAAGGGGUAUUAGUCGCAGUCCUUCAAGGUCUCGUUCACGAUCGUUUAGCCCGCAUUGAUUGCUGUUUGCUGAUCGAUGGUGCUUGUUAGCGUUGCUCCUGUUAGGUAGUGUACUUCUAGUACUAGUAUAUCCAGAUGAAGGUUGUAUCUAGAAAUCUACCAAGUUGUCUAAUGGUGGAUAUAGUUUCUUCUGUGCUUUUUGCUGGAAAAGGUAACUUCUGAUGGACGUCAAACUCAACUGUUUCUUUGACUAUUUUGUUAUAUGUUUUAGUUGAUUGCCUAUUGCCAAA